UAGAUAGAUAGACAGAUAGACAGAUUGACAGAUAGAUAGAUAGUGUUUAUUUUAUUCGUAUCUCGACCUGUAGAGUACACAUUAGAUCACAACUUUAAUAUUCGUUUCCUACCUGUUUUAGUUGUUAGAUUAAAUAUUUAUAAAUUUUUUUAUGGCGUUCAUUUCCGUGUCAUGGGCUCUGGACUUCCGGUGCGGCCUCGUUGGUGCUAAAGAUGGCCGGCGAUGGAGGCGCUCUGAAGGAUAUAAACGAGAUCAAGUCGCAGUUUCGCACCAGGGAAGGUUUCUAUAAGCUGCUCACGCUCUCGGACUCGCAGCAGCGCUCCGGAUUAGCGCGCGGUCCCGGUGCCGGAGGCGCCGCAGCCGGUGCCGCUUCGAUACCGGGGGGCGGCGGCGGUGUGGUACCGGGACCCGGCGGCUCCUCUCCGGCUUCGGCGGGCUUCCUGCCCCCGGUGCGGGUCUCCAUGGUGAAGCUUCAGCCGGAAGACCCGAGCGAGGAGUCCGAACGUGUGUGUUUCAAUGUCGGGAGGGAGCUCUACUUCUACACGUACACCAAUAUUAAAAAGGCAGUGGAUCUAAGUAAGCCUAUAGAUAAGCGUAUAUAUAAAGGGACUCAGCCCACGUGUCAUGACUUUAAUCAGUAUUCAGCAACUGCGGACAGCGUGGCUCUCAUCGUGGGGUUCUCGGCAGGCCAGGUGCAGUACCUGGACCCCAUCAAAAAAGAGACCAGCAAGCUCUUCAAUGAAGAGAGAUUAAUAGACAAAACAAAAGUGACCUGUCUCAAAUGGCUCCCUAAAUCUGAGAACUUAUUCCUGGCCUCCCAUGCUAGUGGUCACCUCUACCUCUAUAAUGUGGAGCACCCAUGUGGCACUACAGCGCCACAGUAUUCUCUGCUUCGUCAGGGUGAGGGUUUUGCUGUUUAUGCUUGCAAAACCAAAACGCCUCGUAAUCCACUUCUGAAAUGGGCAGUGGGGGAAGGUGGGCUGAAUGAAUUUGCUUUUUCACCCGACGGUGUGCACAUAGCUUGUGUCGGCCAAGAUGGUUGCCUACGUGUCUUUCAUUUUGAUUCAAUGGAGCUGCAUGGUGUCAUGAAGAGCUACUUUGGUGGAUUGCUCUGCGUUUCUUGGAGUCCAGACGGGAAAUAUUUGGCUACUGGUGGAGAAGAUGACUUGGUCACUGUAUGGUCGUUUGCAGAGAGUCGUGUGGUGGCACGAGGUCAUGGCCACAAGUCCUGGGUCAACGUUGUGGCAUUUGACCCUUUUACCACCAGCUUAGAAGAAGAGGAACCAAUAGAGCUUAGCGGUAGUGAAGAGGAUCUCCACCAGGGUCAGGGGUCAUUAAAUUUUGGUCGUGUGCGAACCAGCAGCACUUUGUCCCGUCUCUCUCGACACAGCUCUAAAGGUGGUGGGCCAUCUGUCUCAUACCGAUUCGGAUCGGUGGGACAAGAUACCCAGUUUUGCCUCUGGGAUCUCACAGAUGAUGUCCUGUAUCCUCGACUUCCCCUGUCCCGUGCCCUCACUAACACUUUCAGCUCCAACGCACCACCUUCCAUUAGUGCAAGUUUGAACAGCACAAGUGGAAGUGGAGGGGUUGAAGGUCACCACCACCCUUCUAACACCCACCAGACAGCAUCAUUACCCCUUCCUCUACCUCGCUCACUCUCAAGGUCCAAUUCCCUUCCACACCCUGCUGUUGCAAAUGUUUCAAAAAGCCAAGGGGGGACGGAAAGUGGAGGGACGGUAGGAAGUGCAGGGGGAAGCAGUGCUCCCUUUAGCAUUGGACGUUUUGCAACAUUGUCGCUCCAAGAGCGCAAAUCAGACAAGUCCGCUACUGGAGGAGAAAAGGAGCACAAGCGCUACCACAGUCUUGGGAACAUCAGCAAGAGCAAUGACAAGAUCAUCGUAGCGCCACGUAGCAACCGACUAGAUGCCUCUAAGGUGCUAGGAACAACGUUGUGUCCACGGAUGAACGAAGUCCCGUUGCUAGAACCUCUUGUUUGUAAGAAGAUUGCUCAUGAGAGGCUCACAGUUCUUGUCUUCAUGGACGAUUGUAUAAUCACUGCAUGCCAAGAGGGCCUCAUCUGUACCUGGGCAAGGCCGGGCAAAUUGGUGAGACCUCAAAUGAUUGCAUUCUUCUCAACCAUUAUCGACACAAAAUGGAAACUCACCCAGUGGAACGGUGGUAUAGCUGGCAGCAAAGCUUUUUCACAGUCAACUGCACUGACAGUUCCUGCUUCCUGUUUUCAGAGGCUUUACUUCUGGUCCUUGAGGCCUGGAGUUGGCACAGUGUUACCACUGUUGUUACUCUGUCUUAUUUUCAUAUCCAUACAAACAUAAAACACACACACACAGCUUAUGACAAAUAUACAAAGACGGUGACACGAGCCACACAAAUGUAGAUACUUAUCUUCCAUAUCAGCUUCACCAUACGUUCCGUUCACAUUUUUUUUGAUGUAAAGGAGACUGAGACAUUCCUUCCAUCACCCGACCCCCUUUGCCAAAAGGAAAGGGAGGGGAAAAACACUGUAGAUGCCACGGCCAUUGUAUCUUAUUUAUUUAUUUUAUCAUUGAAACGGUAGUAAUUUAUAUUGUACAUAUUCAAAAUAUUCUAUAAAGGCAGAGGACAAAAUGUAUUGAAAUAACAAACUCAAAUAAUUAAUAUAUGAAAAUCCUAUAUUGUACAUAGUUAUGUUUGAAUGUUAUGUUUGUGAAACGUAGGGGAUCUAAAGAUUUAGCGUUUCUGUAUGCUAGUGCUCCCUAUGCUGUUCAGGCCAACGAUUGGGAUUUGAUGAAGUAGCUGCAUUCCUUCUAACCUAAACUAGUCUCCUGACUCUUACAGAACACUGUCCUUGAAAGAAUUACACGUUCAACAAGGUCAACAUACAGAGCUAAAAUGCUACUAGCUUACGUUUGGUAAUUACUCAAAGUAAAAAUGUGACAUAUUUACAAGCUUUCUCAAAUCUAAGCUUUCUCAAUAUUGCUGACUACAGUUAUAGUUUUUAUUCCAUCAGUGAAUUAAACUAGGCUUUGCGAAUUAAGCCAAUUUGCUAGCUAAUUAAGCUAGCUAGCUUGAGAGAGAUACUUGUCACUGUAGUUCAGUAACAUAUAUAACUGUUGUAGCAUCUAUUAGGCAGAAUUUUUAUUACCUGCUAUGCCUCUUGCAAUAUUUUGCACAAAUUAAGAGUUUUGAGUUUUAGCCUAUUAGACAAGCACAGAUGGUUUUCCAGAAGGUUGAAAGUUUGAGCUAGCAAGUUUUACAGAAUGUUCUAAUAAUUUGAGGAAUGUAUAGCUAUUUUGCUGUCUAACUGAUUUUGGAUUAAUGUGACACUGACUGUGGUGGUUUUCCUGGUAUCAUUCAUAUAAAAUUAGUUUUUCUUGAGUGCCCCUGAGCUCCACUGUUGAGAACUCGCUGUCUUGGUUAUGUUUGUAAUGUUUUAGUAUAACGGUAAGGUUUACAUGUUGAUGUUUAAGGUAUUGAAGUAGCUGUAUUCAUUUAUAAGGUUUUGCUUAAUACUUUAUUUCAACGCAUGACUGAAGAAGCUUAGCUUCUUAGCCACAUUCAGUACCUUAGCUUAGUUAGUCAACAGAUCAGCUCUGAAGGGAGGACCACCACAGUCACCAAAACAGCUGCUGAGCUAGGUUAUGUGAUUCAUGAGCAAAGAUUUCCAAAACACUGUCAAAAAAAGAUCAACAAUUAGCUUGCUCUUUAACAAGCCUUCAUCAACUUCAGUUUUUUUUUGCCUUGUGUGUUGUCCGAUAUGUUAAUAUUGAUUGUGCAGUGGGAAACAAUUAAACAGGAAGAACCUUGACAAUGA